AGCUUUCUGCCGACUCCCACUCAUCCCCAGAGCGUCAGUCCAAAUUUCCAUUGCCGGAGAGUAAAUUCCAUCCAUUUCUCAUACAAUUUUCAGGAUUUCAAUUUGUUCCUGUUCUAGUAUAAUGGCUCAGUGUUUUAGGUAUGGAUCGAUCAUGGAGGCGUGGUACCGUUCCUGUUUCUCCAGAGUGGGUCUUAGAUCCGCCACCACCGAUCUCGGAAACGGCACCGUCAUGCACUGCUGGAUCCCCAAAACCCGCAGAGAAACUAAGCCCAAUUUGGUUCUGAUCCAUGGCAUGGGAGCAAAUGCAGUGUGGCAGUGGAACAAAUUCGUCCGCCCACUCAUCGCCCACUUCAACAUCUAUGUCCCUGACUUGGUCUUCUUUGGGGAAUCCUACACCACCCUUUCCGAUCGCUCCGAGGCAUUUCAGGCUCGGUGUGUGAUGGGUGUUUUGGAUGCUCAUGGAGUACGGACUACAAACGCGGUGGGGAUAAGCUAUGGUGGGUUUGUGGCUUAUAGCAUGGCUGCACAGUUCCCUGAUAGGAUGGAGAAAUUGGUGCUCUGUUGUACUGGUGUUUGCUUGGAAGAUAAAGAUAUGGAAGAUGGGAUGUUCCAGGUGAAAUCCGUCGAGGAGGCAGUGAGCGUCUUGCUUCCUCAAACGCCGGAGAAGUUGAAGGAAAUGAUCCGUAUUGCGUUUUUCAAGCCUAUUAGAAUUGGACCCUCUUGCUUGGUCAACGACCUUAUCGAUGAACUGUGUACCGAGUACCGUGAACAAAAGAAGGAGCUGAUCCAAGCAUUGCACAAGGAAAGGAAGUUCUCAGAUCUUCCCAAGAUUACUCAGCCUACACUGAUAAUGUGGGGAGAAAAGGACUUGGUAUUCCCCAUGGAAUUGGCACACAGACUCAAAAGCCACAUAGGUGAUGGUGCGGAACUAGUGGUGAUAAAGAAAGCAGGGCAUGCUUUAAAUAUAGAGAAGCCCAAGGAGAUGAACAAGCUUAUUCAGUGUUUCCUUGUUGAUGCUCACCAAUCAAGCCAGGCCAAAAUUCACCACCAAAAUGAUCCCAAAUCUGAGUGAAAGUUUCUACUGAAAUUGCGAAUGGAUCUCCCCCGGAGCUUUCAAUUUCUCUGCUUCAGUCCCAACUUCAUGGUGGCGUUCAGCUGCCGCCGCCGCUGCUUCUACUUUUAUGUUAUAAAAUUAGUGUAUAUUACCACUUUGUAGUUAAUGUAAUGAAGUUUUAUAAUUGUGAAAAGGUGAGGAGCUUUGCGAA